AUGGAGAGGAUGGCAGUGCCCACAGUACUUCCGUCUUCAGAUGUCUACUCCACGUCAUUGCCAAUUCUUUCCAUUAUUGUUCUAUCAAUUACGAUGCUAGGAGAAUUCCUGUUGGCGAACGUCUCAACACCAUUUUUGCUGUUCAUGGUUAAAGAUUUUGGCGUUUUAGCGGACGACGCGGAGGUCGCGUUCUGGACCGGCAUACUAGUAUCGGUCUUCUUCUUGACGCAGUUCGCGACUUCGCUUCUUUGGGCCACUCUAGCUGACAAGUACGGAUGCCGUAUCGUCUUGAUCGUAUGUCUGCUCGGGGGCUCCAUCACAUGUGCUGUCUUUGGACUGUGCAAAAAUAUCGAGCAAGCCAUGACUGUACGGUUGUUGCAAGGUAUAUUCGGUGGCGCUGUCGGAGUUGCAAGAGGUGCAGUGGCAUCUAUUACUGACGAAAGCAACUCAGGCAGGGCUUAUGCAAUCUUGGGGUUCUGUUGGGGAUUCGGAGGUGUCGCUGGUGCCAUCGUUGGCGGGUUCUUUGAGAGUCCCGCCACAAAGUGGCCAGAAGUUUUCGGCUCCGGAUCUAUUUUCGCUCUAUACCCGUACUUGCUGCCAUGCGCUGUUGCUGCAUCCAUCACAUUCGUCGGAUCGAUCUUGGCCUGCUUUCUCGGGCGAGACGGAGGUCCCGCAACGACCGGCGCACUUUCGGAACCUGAGAAAAACGGAGACAUACCUUCUCCUAUCCCAGAGGAAGAGUCGUUUACAGCCAGUCCCAAUGCAGACGACGACGCAUUUCCUCGCACAUUCACUGGAUCUUUGAGCAAGACUCUGACACAAAAGCUAUCUGGCUACUUGUCAGCGCGUGGACAGGAUGCAGAUAAUAGUACUGGACCGAAGUCCGGACCCUCUCUCUCCGCCGCAUUACCGAUACUCAGGACAAACACGCUCUCAAAGGCGAGCCGAACUCCUGGGUAUGGUACGUUUACCAGCAGAUACAGUCAGAGUAUCAAAACAAGGCGGGGAAGCACGACGAGUUCUGUUCUACCUUCCUCGAACAUCCGACGAAGGCGAAGCAGCGAUGUCAGCAUCGCCCACCGUAUGGUUAUGGCCAACGAAAACACCGUCAACAACAUUGCCGAUCUUUGGGUCGCGGCGGCGAUUAAUGCGGAUAACGAUGACAGAGAUCAGACGGACGACGAUUUGUCUGAUGACGAUUCUAUGGAUGCAUCCCGGGGAUGCCGAUAUUCCAGAAGUAACACAGCAUCUCCGUUUUCUCACAGCUCAAUUUCACUGCAGAACGGGGGCGGCACGCCUACUAUUCGACCUGUGCCGCUCAGUGCUCCUCCGUAUCCGCAGACAAGGCUUCUUCGGCAAGCUUCGCUUACUCCGUCGGUGGAUACGGUGUCGAGGGGGAUGCCCUCGAUAUAUGCCAACACCGGUAUCGAGUCAUCGCCCGCGCCAGUGGCGCCAUCCCUGUUAUUCCGUUCUGACACGCUGAUGUCUAAUACCGAAGCACUCACGACGAUUAUGGAGGCGCGCAAGUCGCAGGUCGAGCUUGAACAGCCUCCUUCGAUGUGGUCAAAGUUGCCGGGCAUGAUUAUUCUGCAGUAUGGACUGCUGGCACUGCAUACAACGACUCACGAUCAGCUGUUUAUGUCCUAUCUUGUGACAGAUUAUGAUUCCGGUGGACUCAAUCUGAGCGCCGGUGGAUUUGCGCAAAUCAUUGCCAUAAUGUGUAUCUUUCAGAUUGUGUACCAGUUUUAUUUGUAUCCGCCCCCUCGGGGAAGGCUUUCCCAUCUAGCCAUGUUCCGGCUGGGUUCGUUUCUGUUUAUACCAUCGUAUCUGACGGUGGUAUUGUAUCGUGCACCUUUUGCCAGUGCAGAUAACGAUGGCGGUUUUGUAUUGAUGGCUGCGCUUGCUGUUAGCACGUCUGUAAGGUUUUGCGGGGUGACUUUUGCGUUCACUUCGGUGGCGAUCCUUUUGAAUUAUAUGUCUCCGCCCGAAGCGGUUAGCUAUGCUAACGGGGUGGCGCAGAGUAUUGUCAGUCUUGCGAGGUGUUUUGGUCCGGUGUUGGGUGGUUACUUGUGGUCCGUUAGCAUCGAUGGGAAUCCGAGCGGGUAUCCGUUCGGGUUCAUUGCAGUAGGAGCGGUUUGUGGGAUAGCGGUUUUGCACAGUUUCCUUAUCCGAUGA